CCUGUGUGAGAAAUGUCCGCAGCAGAGAUCCGUAGAAGGUGCACCACUUUUUAACGUUUCACCGGAGUGUUGAUUUGGGCAACACUACUAACAACUUAACUCCACUCUUUAACCCUAAUACUGUAUUCAAUUUAGGAUAACGCAAUCAUGGAAAUUGGGACGGAGAUUAGCAAGAAAAUAAGGGCCGCCAUAAAGGGCAAGUUGCAAGAACUGGGAGCGUAUAUCGACGAGGAGCUGCCUGACUACAUCAUGGUGAUGGUUGCCAACAAGAAGACGUCUCAGCAAAUGGGGGACGACCUAUCUCUCUUUCUAGGGGGCAACACGAUCAAGUUCACAGUCUGGUUACAUGGUGUCCUUGAGAAAUUGAGAUCCGUGGCAGUUGACCCCGCGUCGUCUCAGCUGCAGCUGGACAGUAUCUCCGUGUCGGGGAAGACGCAGUCCUCCUCCUCCGGCGGUGAGAAGAGGGCAGACCCCGCCAAGGCCCUGGCCGUGUCCAGCUCUCGCUCCGACCGCAACGAGACGCGCGUGUCCAGCUCGGCCCAGGAGCACAGGACGAGCUCCUCCUCCCGCCUCACCUCGGCCGUGAAGCCCCUCAUGGAGCAGCCCCCCUUGGAGGCCGUCCUCGACAUCAAGCCCGAGAUGGAUGACGACGACCUCAUCGACGAGGACACGCCCCCGGAGUCGGCCCAUCAGGUCCGCCAGCGGGGCCCCUCCGGCCGGCCCACCGCGCCCCUCUACCGGCCCUCCCACGGGGGCGGCGGCAGGCUGGCCUCGGGGGGCCGCUCCUCAGACGAGACCAGCGUCCACCACGGCGGGAGGCUGGGGCGGUCCUCGGACGAGUCCGGUGCCCACCACGGCAGCGGGAGGCUGGCCUCGGGCCGGUCCGCCGACGAGGGCACGGCCCACCAGGGGGGAGGCGGGAGGCAGCAGCACGGAGACAGCCACCGGCACCACCACCACCACCAGGACAGCCGCAGCGGCAGCGGGCGCAGCACCAGGGCGGCCUCCAGCCGGCUGGGGCGCUAUGAGACCAGCAGCAGAGAGGAGCUUACCCAGGGGGAGAUGUCCCGCAAGCGCAAGGCGCCGGUGGCGAGCUCCGUGGGGUGGGUCAACCGACGGGCCGAGAAGCAGGACAGCGACGACGUCGAGGAAGAGGAGGAGGAGGAGGAGGAAGAAAAGGGCUACGCCGGCAGGAGCAUGUCCAGCCGCGUGUCCCUGCCCUCCAAACCGGAGCGCAAACCCUCCCUGCCGCCGGGCAAGCAGGCCAACAGGAACCUGAUCCUGAAGGCCAUCUCUGAGGCCCAGGACUCCAUCACCAAGACCACCGCCUUCACCGCAAACUCCCAGAGGCAGAUGGUGCCCGUGGCCCCCCGGACCCGCCUGGCGAGCAGCGAGGAGAUGACGGCGGCCAUCCAGCUGGUCCAGGAGCACCUCCAGACGCUGGCGCCCCAGGCCCCCUCCUACAACCCCACCGAGGGGCCCCCCGCCCGGACGCUGGUGCCCCCGCCGAGGUCUCUAGCUUCACGCCUUCAGUUGGACCAGCCCCAGAACGUCUCCAGUGUCCCAAAGGAGCCGGCCAACCCCAUCAUGGCAGAUGUGGCCGUCACCGGGGGCAACGGCGCCAAGGCCUUCGACACCAAGGCCUUCGACACGCGCUCCUUCAUCAUGAGCCGGGCCGCGCUCCAGGACACGCCCGUCCGGAGCCGGCUUCAGCUCCAGGAGACCGGGGACCUCGUCAGACCGGGGUUACCCCGCACCGUCCAGGCCAGCAAGGAGACGGAGGCCGGCAGCCCCAAGUUCAUCGUGACGCUGGAUGGCGUGCCCAGCCCGCUGGGCAACAUGGCGGACUGCGACAUGGAGCUGGAGAACCCCCGGCCGCCCCCCGUCUCCUCCCGGCUGGGCCUGCAGGCCAAGGGCAGCAUCCUGCAGAGGCUCCAGGGCGGGUUCAACAUGGCCGACGAUGACGGCAUGGAGGUGGACGAUGAAGAGGACGAGGACGGCGCCACCGUCCCCCAGAAGAGGGCGAAGGUUCUGGAGCGAUGCCGGUUCUGGCCCGUGUGCAAGAGUGGGGACGAGUGCCCCUACCAUCACCCCACCACACAGUGCAAGACCUUCCCUAACUGCACAUACGGGGAGAAGUGUCUGUUUGUCCAUCCCAACUGUAAAUACGACGGCAAAUGCACAAAGCCCGACUGUCCCUUCACCCACGUGAGCCGACGGGCCGCCGCGCCCCUGCCCCCGCCCAGACCAGCGGCAGCAGCCCCGCAGUCUGGCAGUGUGUGUCGCUUCUUCCCAGAGUGCAAGAAGAUGGACUGUGCCUUCUAUCACCCCAAGCCGUGCCGCUUCGCCACCCAGUGCAAGCGAGCGGGCUGCACCUUCUACCACCCCACCACCAGCCUGCCGCCCCGACACGCCCUGAAGUGGACCAAGGCCCAGAGCAGUUAAAGCUGACAGAUCCAAAGACGUCAAGAAGAAAGUAUUGCGACGAUGACGACCAGAUAGAAUUUUGAUAUCGUUUUCUAAAGUUGGUUCCUUGGUUCCCCGAUCUUAACGUUUUUAGUUUCCAUGUUUUGUGAAAUGCAUUUUAUGAAAGGUUUGUGUAAGUGGAACUGUUGACUUUUCUCUAAACGUUGGAUGUAUUAAAAUAUCCUCCAUAUAAAGUCAGUGUUUUUU